AUGCACCGAGCUGUCUCCAACCAGCGCUCGGGCUCCUCCUCCUCCUCCGGCUCCUUCCAGCCGCCGCCGCCGCCGCCCGCUCACCCCGCCGUCGACCUGCAGCCCCUGUUCCUGGGCGGCCGCAGCCGGCGCGUGUCAGGCUCCAGCUCGGACUCGGCCCGGGCCCGCAGCAGCAGCAGCGGGGGCGAGGAGGAGGAGAGCAUCAGCAAACCCCUGGUGCCGGCCCCGGCCGCGCCGGCCCCCGCCGCCUCCUCCCCGGUCUCCAGCAGCAGCAGCAGCAGCUCGGGCUGCAGCAUGACGGCCGGGGAGUUGUACGGGGGCGCGGGCCCGGCCGGGGGGGCAGCGGCGGCCACUGCUGGAGGGCUGCUGUGGCCAGGCGGGGGCUCCGGCGGGUCCCGCUGGGGCUACAAGGCGCUGUCCCUGGUGCUGCUGCUGGGGCAGGGCGCGCUGCUGGACCUUUACCUGAUCGCCGUCACCGACCUCUAUUGGUGCAGCUGGAUCGCCACCGACCUGGUGCUGGCGACCGGCUGGGGCAUCUUCUUCUGCCGCAACAGCCGGGCCCGGCGCCGGGAGCGCCCCACGCAGGGUCACCCCCCGCCGCUGCACCCGCUGCUGCUGCACCCCCCGCACGGCGGCCCGGGCGCGUGCCGGGCUGGUGGCCGUCUGAUCGAGCUGCGCCUGCCGCUGGGCACCACCGGCUUCCGCGUCACCCUGGCGCUCUCCGCCCCGCUGCUCUACUGCCUGCUGCGGGCCAUCGGCCCGGACGGCGCAGGCCAGCUGCUGCUGCCGCCCCAGCCCCCGCCCCAGCACCGCGCAGCUGCCGCCUUCCUGGCCACCUGCCUAGACCUGCUGGACAGCUUCACUCUGCUGGAGCUGGUGCUGCAGCCCGGCCGCCCGGCCCCGCUGCCCGGCCCGCUGCGCUACCUGCUCAUCGCCGUCUACUUCCUCUGCCUGGCCUCGCCCGUGCUCUGGCUCUACGAGCUCAGCGCCGCCCGGCCGCCCGGCGCCGCCCGCCUGGCCCUGCACCUGCUGCUGCCCGCCGGGCUGCUGGACGCGCCGCUGCUCGCCCUGCGCUGCCUCCUGCUGCUGCGUUACCAGCAGCCGCUCUCCGUCUUCAUGCUCAAGAACCUCUUAUUCCUGGCCUGCCGCGGCCUCGAGGCCAUGGAGACCUGCUGCCUGCUCCGCCCCGCCGCCGGGGGCGCCAAGUACAGCUCGGCGCCUGGCCCGGGGCCCAGCACCGCCCAGCUCAGCCACUGCAUCUCCGAGAACGACAUGGGGCCCCACGGCUACGUCAACACCCUGGCGGUCAGCGCCCAGAACUGAGCGGGGGCGGGAGGCCGUCCGACCCCUGCCCCCACCCACC